AUGGCACGAAAGUCAACAGAGACACUUGACCAAGACGAAGCGAGAGACCCAAGUAUUGGGGAUCGCAAAAGAAAGCAGGAGCCUGCUCGAGGACCUCGGAGAGCUGCUACUAGAAGCAAAUACUUUGAGCCGGAUACCGAAAACGAAUCCGAAGGAGAGGAAGCCCCUGAGGACGGAUCGUCUAGUGCUGUGGUAGAAACUGAGGACGAAUCUGAUGUCUCUUCAGAUGCAUUGUCUGAAGACGAAGAGCGCCCGCCAAAGAGAAGGGCACCCGCAUCUUCAAAGGCAGCGGAAUCUGCUCCGACCUCAGGCAGCAAAGGAAAGGAGCUCUGGCGUCAAGGUGUCAGCACUGGACUUGCUCCUGGAACCCAGAUUGUCAUCAAGAAGCCAAAGCCUAGAACUCCAGGCGGUACGCCAUACUCCGAUGUCACGAUCCAUCCUAACACCAUGCUGUUCCUCAAGGAUCUUAAAGCGAACAAUGACCGAGAAUGGCUCAAGAGUAAGUGUUUGCCCAUGCCUUGUUUGUAA